AAUGUGUUCAGACACAUACAAUACAGAGAAAUACAAGUGUCCUAUAACAGCGGCAUCCCCACAUUAGCUGCCAUGUUGCUCUGGUGACACAGUGAAUCAAAGCUGUCAGUCAACACCGCAGAAGGAAAGGAAAUUCAAAGUUUCAUCCCCCCUCCUCCUCCUCUUCCUCCUCCUCCUCCUCCUCCUCCUCUUGUUGUGCAGCGUUAGAGGAAUGAGAUAAUGGACGGGGACAGGAUCGACCAUAUGACGACUAACCUAAACGGGUUUGUCAGAUGUGUAGCUCAGACCUGGUUUCAGUGAGUCUCCUGCAGGUCUGGGACUGUGCGACAUGGACCUCCGCUGCCAGGACUGGAUGUCAGCUCUACCCGAGGAGCUGUGGGACGUUGCGCUCACCAACCUGGCCAUACCCGGGAGCCAUGAUGCCAUGAGUUACUGUCUGGACAUAAACUCCCCCCUGGUUUGGUCUGAAUCGGACUUUUUCAGGCUCCUGGAUAAACUUUUCUACUGCUUUACCAGACCUGCCAUUUUUAGAUGGGCUACAACACAGGACAAAAGCAUCGAGGAGCAACUUUCGAUGGGGAUUCGGUUCUUUGACCUCCGUAUCGCACACAAACCCAACGACUCCUCCAGCGACCUGUACUUCACACACGUCAUCUAUACACAUUUAACAGUUUUGGAAACACUGUCGUCUGUUGCCACCUGGCUGGAGUCUCACCCGAAGGAGGUCGUAAUCCUCGCUUGUAGCCACUUUGAGGGAAUCAGCGACAAACUCCAUCAGGCGUUCAUUUUCUCCCUGAAGAAGCUGUUUGGCUCAAAACUCUGCCCCCAGAAGGAACCAGUCCUGACCUUGAGGAGUCUGUGGGCAUCUGGUUACCAGGUCGUCCUGUCCUAUGACUCCCAGAUUGCAGCCCGACAUCAGGAGCUGUGGCCAGCCAUCCCCUACUGGUGGGCCAACCAGCGCACAGCACAAGGAGUGAUCAGUUACCUGGACUGGAACAAAGACCUGGGACGUCCAGAGGGCUUUUUUGUCUCCGGCCUGAACCUGACGGCCGACAGGAGAUACAUCACCGAGAACCCGAAGCAAUCCCUGCAGACGCUGACCUUCAGUAACUGGGAGUGUUUGAGGAAAUGGCUGGAAGAGCAGAAACCUGGGUCGGACCCCAAGAGCCUCAACAUCAUCGCAGGAGACUUUGUGGGGCCGCUUCCAAUCUGCUCUCUGGUCAUCGCACUGAACCAAAAACUUCUAAGGAAGCAUGCCGUCAGAUAAAAACAAAACAUUAUUAGCUGUGAUUUUAUCCCAGGGGAACGGAUCCCUGAGUGCCUUCAGUAUAAUUAAUUUCCUCUUGUCUGAGCUUUAACUUAAAGCAAUGUUUUUGGAAAGAAAUCUGUAUUUCUCUUUUCAAUUAAGGUGUUUUAAAUCUACAUAUGUAUGUGCAAUCUAUGUCUUUACAAGCAAGUACAUCAUUCUGUACUGUUAUAUUUUCAGAUAUUUUAAUAUACUGUACAAUACAUA